AUGGCAACCAAGGAGGAACAAGAGACGUUGCGUCUGCUGGUUCAGCAUGUCUCCCGAUCCUUCUAUGAAGCCAAGUACACCAUUAUUCUGGAUCAGCUUGCUCGGCAUCCGGUCCUCAAGGACGAUGAUCUGGCGGGCAGGAUGGGUCUUCAGGCGAAAGAGUUGAACAAGCUGAUGGCAGUUCUCUCGAACGACCGGUUGGUCAAAAUAUAUCGUCAAAAUGAGCUGAAGGAAGGCGCUCAGCGGUCUGUUGGGAAGCAGUACUACUACAUCGACUACGAAAACUUUUGCAAUGUCGUCAAGUGGCGCGUCGCCAAAAUGUUCAGCAUAAUUGAUUCCACCCUUCGCAAUGAACUGGAACACAAAGGCUAUAUCUGUACUCAAUGCAAGCAAUCGUACUCGCCGCUUGACGUCGACAAACUCAUGGACACAACUCGCGGGGAAUUUGUAUGUGAAAUAUGCCACGGUGAAGUAGUCGACAACGAGAAUGCCGCAAGUGUGAUAGGUAGCAAAGAUAGAAUGCAACGGUUUAAUAAUCAAAUGCGAUUUAUCCGAGAUGGCCUGCAGAAGAGCGAAGGUAUGGUCCUACCUGCCUUCGACGUCGCGGCCUGGGUUAAGUCCAAUACCAUUGCAGCCGACAAUCAAAAGAACCCCAACGCAGAGCCUGGCCUCAAGAUCGCUGGCUCGGAUCCAAACCAGAAGAAGGAUGAUGGUGUUGGGGUCAUGAUAUCCAUGGAUAAGGAUGAGCACACAAAAAAGAUGGAACGCGAUGCCGAGGCUGCUGCAAAGCGCCAGCAAAACGCUCUACCUUCCUGGCAUUUGAAAAGUACCAUUUCUGGCGACCUUACGGCUCUGGGCGUGAAGGAGCAUGCUCGAGAGCAGGCUGCCGGCACGGGUUCGAAUGACGAUAUACUAAGAGGUCUCGGUGUUAUUGGUGGCUCGAAGUCGGACCAGACCGCCAUCGUAGUGGAAGAUGUUAAACCUGUCAUCAACCAUGAAGCGGACUAUUAUGACCAGUACUACGCGUCGUUGGCUGCUUCGGCAUCGGCGUCUGCUCAAGCUACACCGUCUGCCACGAGUGCUCCCUGGAGCGAUUUCGGCGAUGCUGGGAACGAUGAAGAGGAAGACGUUAAACCAUCCGUCGAAUACCUUGACUCCUUGAAUGACUAUCGAAAGCGAUCUCGUUCAAGAGAAGACGAAGGGGCAGCAACGAAGUCGAAGUUAGCUAAAACCGACUUUGGCAUCGACCUGCCCUAUGUCAAUCAGCAUCUCAACAACGGAAAUGGGAUAUCGAAUGACGUUCCUAGUGCAAUGAACGGAACGCCAGAUGACGACCCGCUGGUCUACGUCAACGGGAAGCCUAUACCCUACUCCCGAGUCACCGAGGAGGAUCACGAUCUCAUGACACCGGACGAAUACACUGCGUUCUUCGAAGUUAUGCAAGCUCGCUCGUAG